AUGAUAUCCAAGCCCGAUUUCGAAGCUCUGUUAUCCGGGUUCGAUGCCAUUGAUGAUCGACUCAGACCUGCUUACAAUUCAAUCAGAGCACUACUCAAGACCCCAGAUGAGUGUCCAAAGGUCGGAAUUGUAUGUGGCUCGGGUCUGGGUGAACUUGCCACGAAGCUUCAAGAAGCGGAAUUGAUCAGCUAUGAUCAGAUCGAUCAAUGGCCCCGACUUCGGACGAUCUCUGUCGUACAAGGACACGAAGCUAAAGGCUUGGUGUUCGGUAAACUGGGUCAGACUCGUGUUGUUUGUCAAUCUGGAAGGCUCCACUUUUACGAAGGUUACCAGAUAAAAGACGUGGUUUUUGCGGUCCGGCUGUUUAAACUGUUAGGCUGCCAAGCAGUUAUAAUAACCAAUGCCGCAGGAGCUGUUAACCCGAGCAUUCCAGUGGGAACUGUAAUCGCACUUAACGACCAUGUCUCGCUGCCUUCUCUGGCAUGUUUUAAUCCCUUGAUUGGUCCAAAUUCCGACAUCGUCGGUCCUCGCUUCACACCAUUGUCUAAUGCCUAUGAUUUUGAAAUGAGAAAAUCAGUCUUUCGAUCAAUUCCUCACAUUGGCCUGAAAGCACAAGACGUUCAAGAAGGGGUAUAUGCUUGGGUGACAGGACCAACAUAUGAAACCAAGGCAGAGGGUUUAUUUAUACGCAGUAUGGGCGCAGACGUGGUCGGAAUGUCCACGGUACCGGAAGUGAUUGCAGCUCGACAUGCGGGAUUGCGAGUUCUUACUUUGUCCCUAGUUACCAAUUCCGUCGUUCUGACCGCACAACGCAGUGCUUCAGAAGCAGUUUCGCAAGAUCUGACUUCGAAAGAUGUAGCUCCUUCUGUGGGGCUUCAAUGGAAAGAAGAGACGGCCAAUCAUGCGGAGGUUUUAGAGGUUGGUAGAAAGAAAGCUGAAAGCGUGUUGAAAAUCGUCAAUUACGUGGCCAAUGAUCCGGACUGGUGA